CAGAGAUUGUGCUAAUGGAAGGUGCAAUGGGCCAAAUCAACCCCAAUACUGGCAUACCCCAGGGCCCACCUCUCUUUCCAAUUCUCUAUUUGUUCUAUAACGCAGACUUGAUUGAUCGAAUACAUGCUGCAUACCCCGGACGAGUCAUGGUCACAGGAUAUAUUGAUGACAUCUGUAUACUGGUCUGGAGCCGGUCUGCUACAACCAACUGCCAAUGCUUAGAAUGGAUACAAUGAAUAGCUGAACAAUGGGAGGCCCAACAUACCUCACAAUUCGCCCCUGCCAAAUAUGGCCUAAUACACUUCUGGCGGAACCUCUGAGGGGUUCCAAAACCAGAUGACUCAACUGAGGUCCUAGUCAGGGUGCAAGGGGUGGAGAUCAAGCCAGUGC